GGCACACAGCGCCUGAAGAAGACUAGCGGCAUGAGCUGGCAGGUUUCAGAGGAAAUCAUGGCGGAUUACGAGCAUAUCAGGAGAGGUGGCACCGACGACGGAGGGCCGCAGGAGGAGGAAGGCAGAGUGAAAACUAAGCCUGUCUCUUGUAGCAAUGUGGGAGGAGAAGGGGCCGCAGUUAAACGCACAUCCCAGCAUCUCACCCCUGAAGAUGAGGACGAGUCCUCAGCGGAUCCACCUGCACCCCGCAAAGUCUCCAAGAUAGGCUUUAGCAUGAGCGGUCAGAUGGGGAAGAAGUCCAACCCCAUAUCUAUCAAACUUGGAGCAACAAAACCCAAAGAGCCUGCACCAAUAGUUCCUCCGAAAAAGGCAGGGCUGGCAUCUGUUUUUAAUGAAGAUGAUGAUAGUGAACCUGAGGAGAUGCCUCCAGAAGCAAAGAUGAGGAUGAAGAAUAUUGGCAGGGAGACGCCGACAUCUGCGGGACCCAAUUCCUUCAACAAGGGCAAGCAGGGUUUCUCUGAUCAUCAAAAACUUUGGGAGAGGAAGAUGAAGGCCCAGGCAGACAAACUGUAAAUCACUACCACAGUUUUUGUCACUAAUAGAUAAUUUUACAUAGUUCAAAGCAUGCCAGGGAUAUCUAAGAAGGCUCAAAUGAUUCCUCACUGCAGCCUUGGUUUUGACAAGUUCUCUGUGUUGUUAACAUGAGAUGAAGAAUACUUUAAGCCUAAUAUGAUGCUCUGUAAAUGAAAUCACGUUUAAGUUUCUGACCACUACCGGCUGAUGCUAACUAAGAGGAGAGGUACCAGUGUGUCAACACUCCGUGAUGAGAGGUGCAUAGUGGGGUGAUGGAGAUAUGGGACAAACGAAUUAGCCAGAAUAUUGUUUAAACUGUGUAAAUUUUGCAACGGUUGUUUCUGCUGGCUAAUGAGCUAAUCUAGCAUCUUAGAGCCCUCAUGCCCCUUUUGUGACAUACUUGUUCCUAUCUGAAGCUGGUUGGGUUUUGUCCCGAGCAAGCCCUUAGUGUCGCUUGUCAAAUCUUUGUGUAAAAAUGUACAUAGAAUUGUGAUGUUUUAUUUUUUAAAUCCACGAAGGGUGUUUGAGAGUUAUGUUACUGUGUGUGUGUAUGUGUGUGUGUGCGCGCGCGUGCAUGGCUAAGACUAGGCGUGUGGAUGGGUUAGUUUUUUUUUUGUUUUGUUUUUUUCCCAUUUUCUCAAAAUCAGUGUACAACCCUUUGUUUUCACCAGCUGUGCCACGUCACUGGCAGUUUAUUUUGUUUUAUGUUAGUUUGAGGUUUGUGCCAGUAGUUCUGGAUUUAAUUUGUAUUUCUGUCUGCUUCACUGAAACUGGCAAAAAAAAAUGUGGCUGUGAUCUUUUUUUUGUUCACAGUGGAAGGACUGCUAAUGUGUUUUUAGCUGACACCUGUC